AUGACACGGAGCAACCCCGCAUCCGACGCCAGGCCGCGAGGCAGAUGCGCAUGCGACGCGUGGUUCACCGGUGGGGACUGCAGCCUCCUCAACCUCGAGCCAGCAGCUUCGCCUGAAAGCGCCGGGCUCCAGGUACCCGGCUACCACUCGUGGGGCGGGCGGUGCACCUACGAUGGCGCGACGGGCAAGUAUGUCGGCGCCUUUAGCAUGAUGGUCGGCGGUUGCUCUCUCAACCAGUGGCAGUGGGGGAGCGCGAUUGUGGUUGCAGAGGCGGAUGCACCCGAGGGUCCGUACUCCCUCAUCGGUGAGCCGCCCUCCUCGCUCGCGCCCGAGGGCGCGGCGCUGCCGCCGUGGGCGCACAACGCCUUCCUCAGCUUCGACCCCGCCUCGGGGCGCCACUUGCUCUUCCACAUCGGUGCGGAACACCGCCUCCCGGCAAAUAAGUUUUGCAACCGCUCCGACCCACGCCGCUUCCGGCCGUCGGCGUGGGUGCCAGCGAACGCACGGCGGCAACUUGUGCAGCCGCGGCAGCGCGGCGGCACCCUCGACUACCUCUCGGACCCAAUCUUUGUCUCCUCAGCGCCGAGCCCAAGGGGCCCGUGGGAGGUGCCGGGCAGGCGGGUCGAGCUGAGCGGCCCCGCCGACUCGUGGGUGCGCCGCGUGUCCAACCCGGGUCCCUUCAUCUUCCCGAACGGCACCGUCCUGCUCUACACCUCGGCGGACCCCUGCCCGCCCGGCUGGGGCCGCGCGCCGACGUGCAUCGCCCUCUUCCGCGCGCCCUCGUGGGAGGGGCCGUACACACUGCUGAGCACCAGCGCGCCGCUUGUCCGGCCCGAGAGCGAGGACCCGUUCGUCUUUCGCGACCCGCGCGGAAGCUUUCACAUGCUCACGAAUGUCAACACGUUCCACCGCCGCUGCGAUGCGGGCGCCGCGUGCGGCGGGCACGCGUGGAGCCUCGACGGCCUCACCUGGAGCGGGCAGGCGAUUGGCGCCUUUGGCCCCACCGUGGAGCUCGCAAACGGCUCCUCCUUCACGAACGCGUACGCGGAGAGGCCGCUCGUCUACCAAGACGCUCUCGGCGCCCCCGUCGCGCUCUUUGUCGGGAUGGGCCGCUCCGUCUACGCAGACUCGAUCAGCUGGGCCUGGCGUUUCGCCGGGUCCCGGCCUCUCGCGCAGGGUGCGAGCCCAGCUCGAGCGUUGGCUCACAAACAAAACGAACGAAGGAAGGCACAAGACGCACACAAAUGGACGAAAUGA